UUGCCCGGGAUAGUAGAAUGCCCUACUAGUCACCCCCUUGUUAAGUCAUCCUUAGAGGGCGCUACAAGGAAACUUGCGCGUCCCGUUCAGCCCAAAGAGCCUUUAUCCGUCAACACAGUUUGUAGGAUCGCUGAUAAUUAUAUUUCUAGUAGUUCUCUCGCUGUUAUUCGUUUUCUUUUCAUUGUCUUGGUUGGCUUCGCUGGGUUUUACCGUAUGGGCGAAAUACGUUCUUUGUCCAUUAAAGAUGUCUCUAUUUGCAGUGAAUACAUGUCAGUUUUCAUUCCGAAACGCGAGAAUGGUCAGUAUAGGGAGGGGCAUACAUCCCUCCUAGCAAGGUCUCAUAAGGCUACUUGCCCGGUUUCUAUUACCGAGAGGUUACUUAAGUUUCUUCCUUUAUCUACUGAGUCAUCCUACCCCCUCGUUGGACGAAUUGUUAAAUCUAAGAUUAAGGAGUAUUUUCAUGCUACUAAAGGCGUUUCAUACACGACGCUCAGAGAGGAACUUAGGAAAUACGUUAAGCCAUUUGUAGAUGACAUCGCUAGUUAUGGCACGCAUAGUAUCAAGUCUGGCGCCGCUUCAAAUCCUGCGUGUAGGAGUAUUUCCGCUGAUCUGCUGAACAUACACGCCGGCUGGAAAUGUGCCAUUUCAAAGAACAGAUAG